AUGACAGACUUAAACGCCAACUUCUGCCUCCCUCUUCCUGUCCUUGAGAACGAUCGGGUCAGGUUGACACCGUUCGUUCCAUCAUUACACCAACAAUUCUUCUAUGAGGCAGCGGCUGCACACCCGGAGGUGUUCCAUUACCUACCCUAUGGCCCCUCCAAAGCCGACCUCGACCACCUUCUGUACGGACGCAUCGCUCCCGAUCCCUCUCUGGCGAUCUAUGCAGUCUUAGACAAGACCAAUGUCAGCACUGGCGUCGACACUACGGGAAAGGGUGGCGGGUACCCGUUCGUAGGCACCAUCGGCUGGAUCGGCGCCUCCGCACAGCACCUCAAGGGUGAGAUCACGUUCCGCAAAGGUAUCGCAACUCAGGCUGCCAGCAUGAUGCUCCGAUACGCUCUCGACCUACCGUCUGCUGGUGGUCUUGGCUUGCGUCGUGUGCAGUGGCAGGCAUAUGUUGAGAACAGCAAAAGCGUACGUCUCUCCCAAAGCCUGGGCCUCGUGAAGGAGGGAGUGCUUCGAUGGGACCGCGUACACCACGAGACGGAUGAGCUAGUCAAUGGAACGUCGGCAUAUCGCCCGCGAGCGGGGGAUCCGAGGGAAGGUCAGCCGGGCAGGAACAUGAUGGUUUUGGCUAUCUGUUGGGACGACUGGGAGAAGGAAAGGGGUCGAAUCGUGGCAUUGGUUGGAUCGGCGUCACCACGAUGA